AUGUAUUUGACUUUAGGACAUGCAGCUUAUGAUGAUGGUCAUUAUCGUGCAUAUCGUAAUAACCAAUUAAGACCAUCUGGUGUCAGAGAGAUAAGGAGGCGGAAUAACGGAGACGGCGGAGUAUCUCAAAUGGGCAGUUUCGAACCAAGUGCCAAGUUUCAAUGCGCCAAUCCAUCUGACGUGGAACACGAAGCCAGGCAAUUAUGGCUCUCUGAACGACACUCGCCCCCGGACAGGGUGGAUGCCAUCACGGAUGGGACGACUAAUCGACGUCAUCAUCGCGACGCCUAA